AAAGUCUGGUAUGAAUAAGAGGUCAUGUCAUGUUCGAAUUUGAAUUGAAACAUCAAAAUAUAAAUAGUAUUAGUAUGUCCAUUCGUUCCAAGCUCUUGUGAAAUUUUCUUAUUUUGGAUUAUUUAUAUAAGCUUACAAUUGUAAUUUUUAUAUAAAAUAUGCAACAAUGAAUCAAAUAGGAAAAGUUUUGCGGGGUUUAUCGCGGCAACAAGCUCUCCCUAAACUUUACUAUGCAAGAUCGCUUAUUGUGCCCAACAAACUUACCGUUGUCUACAUGAGACAGCAAGGCACUGUAGCUUUGGAGGACAGUUACAUUAAGAAAUUUAUGAAAGCUGUUGGUUGGAUGGACCAGUCAAGAACGCGUCUUAAACUCACAGGAUAUUUUCUUUAUGAAAGUAUUCCUGACAAAGUGGCAUACCAAGAAUGGUUUCAAGAGUUGAACCUUCCGGAUACAUUUGCAUCAUGGUUCACCGUCACAGAGCUGCAUGUUUGGAUGCUGAUGGUACGGUACAUGGCCGAAGAUAUCAUGGCCACUUCCAUUGACAAGAAGAAAUAUGUGAAAGGAGAUGGCCAUUUUGUGAGAAACUGUAUUGUAGAGGCAUUGUGGGCUGACGUUGGGAAUAAAAUUAAAUUAUUAGAGGGUGCUAAUCCUACAAUAGCAAAGAAACAAGUGUCGGAAUUAUCAGAGCAGUUCCAGGCGGCAUUGGUGGCUUACGAUGAGGGACUGGAAGAUGACAGAAUUUUAGCAGCUGCUAUUUGGAGAAGGUUUUACUCAUUAUCUCCAGAUGUUAACGCAGAGCAUGUAGAGAAAAUCGUCAAGUUUGUUAGACAUCAGAUGUCAAGUUUAGACAAAAUAUCUAGUCAAGAUUUAAAAUGGAAGCCUGGAAUCAAUUGGUUAAGUAUACUUGAUCAGUAGUUUGCAUUUUAUUAUUAAUUUAUUGAAGUUGUUAGUGUUGAAAAUAUGUAAAUAAAUAAUUAUAAAAUA